UCACAGUGAUCGUUUGUUUCUCUGCCCGGGAAAAGCAGAAUUUACUUAGCAAAAUAAUUUGUGAAAGGAAAAGAAUCACACAGCUUUAAAAAAAUAAUAAUAAUAAUCUCAGAAAAAACUAACAGAAUUUAGAGCAUACAUUUCAAUUGGGGAGAACGCUUCCUAAAGUGCAAGCCAAACAUAUUUGUAUUAUUAUUAUAUUCUGUUCAGACGUGGUUGGCGCCCUCUGAAAAGAUGUUCUGUGAAAAGGCGAUUGAGCUGAUCAGGGAACUCCAGCGAGCAACUGAUGGUCAGCUACCGGCUUUUAACGAGGAUGGAAUUAGACAAGUUCUUGAAGAAAUGAAAGCCCUGUAUGAGCAGAAUCAAACUGAUGUGAACGAGGCAAAGUCUGAGGGAAGAAGUGAUUUGAUCCCAACAAUCAAGUUCCGUCACUGCUGUCUGUUGAGGAAUCAGCGGUGCAUUGCAGCUUAUCUUUACGACCGAUUGCUCCGUAUUCGGGCUCUAAGGUGGGAAUAUGGCAGUGUUCUUCCUACAUCCAUAAGGUUCCACAUGUGUGCUGAAGAGCUGGAAUGGUUUAACCAGUAUAAAAAGUCUCUUGCCACCUACAUGAGGUCAUUGGGAGGAGAUGAAGGUCUGGACAUCACACAGGACAUUAAACCACCUAAGAGUCUGUACAUUGAGGUGCGUUGUUUGAAGGAUUAUGGAGAGUUUGAAAUUGAUGAUGGCACCACAAUUCUGCUUAAGAAAAACAGCCAGCACUUUCUUCCCCGAUGGAAGUGCGAACAGCUGAUUCGACAGGGAGUUCUGGAGCAUGUCAUGUCUUGAAUUGACUGAAGGCUGGAAAAAAGAUGAAACAUUUUAUCAUGUAUUUCUGAUGUUUGUAUGUGUUUAUAAAUAAAUAUAAUUUAGUUAUCUGAUGGUAUUGCCCACUGGUCUGUAUGUCACACAGUUUUACCUGUAUCUUUAUGAAUGCUAUCCAGUUACCGGGUGAACAGCAUACGAUCCAGUACUUCCCCUGCAAUCAUGCAAAAGCUCUAUUUCGUUAUUUCCGUUCAAAACAAAUACUGAAAACAUACAGAUAAUCUUCAUCCAUAAAUUAAACAACAUUUUUUUUUUUAAACUUUAGUCCAGCAGACAAACAAUUUGUCUGCUUUCUUCUCUGCAAGCUACAUCUGUAACUUGUUUCAAAAAAGAUUUUAACAUUAUUAAGGCCUGGUUUUAUCUUCAGGUUUAGCAUUGCAUAACAUAUCUCUCCAUUAUGACAGGCAGAGGGAAUAGCAGCCAUGAGGCAAAAUAUUUCAAAUGAUUUAAUUUGUAUAAAAAUCUUAAGUCUGCAUUUAAGCACAGUCUGUAAUGCAUGCUUACAUCUACUUAAUUAUUUAACCUCAUGAAGAGGAAACUAAAGUGGUGAAGCAGUUUGAAUGGUAGUGCAGGAUAUGCACAUCUGUUGGGAGCUGUAACAUCAUGGUCAAAACUCUGUUCCUGUUUGACUUUGUGACUUUGGACACAUCACUUAACUUACUGUACCUAUCUGCUCGCAUUCAAUUCAAUUGUUCUUGCCUACCAUACCACCCCCUCCUACCUCCAAUCCCUCAUGUCUCCCUACACCCCCUCUCAUCCUUGCUGCUCCUCUUCAACUCUCCAUCCUCCCAUGCAUGCUCUUUCUCUUCCCUAACCAGUUACCAGCAACCCUCAGGACUGCUCGAUCUCACUGCCCUUGUGUAGUGAGAUGUGUAGACUGCACUUCUAGAUCUCUUGAUCUGCCCCUUGUACUAUGCGCUGGAUUUCCCUGAUCUACGCACUGGAUCCUCAGCUAAUACACUACUAUUACGUCAUUGUAGAUAACUUAACUUGCUGUAUCCUUGUUCAUAUUAUAUUUUAGUGGUAUUAUUUGCACUUACUGUAAACUAUACUGUAUUAUA